UGUGCCUUUUUUCUCUCAGUCUCAGACUCUCAGUGGUUCGUUUAGGGUUCGUCUGUUUCUGCUUCCGAAUCAGAGAGAUUGAGAAGAAACCAAAUCGAGAAAAUGAGGAUAUUGAUUGCGAUUGCAUCUUCAGGGAAGAGAUUUGUUCAUCGGAGUCUUGUGGUGAGAGGUAAUGCUGCAACUGUUUCUCCUUCAUUUUCCCUUUGUUGGAGACGAGCUUUUGCUGGUAAGAGUAGUUAUGAUUAUAGAGAGAUACUUAGAAAUGGGCUGAGUGAUAUUAGGUUAGACGAUGCUGUUGAUUUGUUCAGUGAAAUGGUCAAGUCUCGUCCCUUUCCUUCCAUCAUUGAGUUCAGCAAAUUGUUGAGUGCCAUUGCUAAGAUGAAGAAGUUCGAUGUUGUCAUCUCUCUCGGCGAGCAGAUGCAAGAUUUGGGGAUUUCACAUGAUCUCUUUACUUACAGUAUUUUCAUUAACUGUUUUUGCCGACGCUCUCAACUCUCUCUUGCUUUAGCUGUUCUUGGCAAGAUGAUUAAACUCGGUUAUGAGCCCGAUCUAGUCACGCUUAACUCGAUACUCCAUGGAUUCUGUCAUACUAAUAGGAUUUCUGAUGCCGUAGCUUUGGUUGAUCAAAUGGUGGAAAUGGGAUAUCAACUUGAUACAGUUACCUUUAACACUUUAAUCCAUGGACUUUUUCUUCACAACAAAGCUUCAGAAGCAGUGGCUUUAGUUGACCGAAUGGUUGCGAAAGGGUGCCAACCAGAUUUGGUUACAUACGGUGCAGUUGUUAAUGGAAUCUGUAAAAGAGGUGAUACUGAUUUGGCUUUAAGUAUUCUCAAAAAGAUGGAGAAAGAAAAAAUAGAGCCAGAUGUUGUAAUCUACAGCACAGUCAUCGAUGCUCUUUGCAAAUACAAACAUGUGAAUGAUGCACGCAACCUAUUCAGUGAAAUGGAGAACAAAGGAAUCAAACCAGAUGUUGUUACCUACAACUCCCUCAUUAGUUGCCUUUGUAAUUACGGAAGAUGGAGCGAUGCCUCCCGAUUACUUAGUGAUAUGAUUAAGAGGAAGAUCAAUCCAAAUGUAGUCACUUUCAAUGCAUUGAUUGAUGCAUUUGCGAAGGAGGGAAAACUUAUAGAGGCUGAGAAAUUGUACGAGGAGAUGAGAAAAAGGUCUAUAGAUCCUGAUAUCUUCACUUACAGUUCUUUGAUCAACGGGUUUUGUAUGCACGAUCGUCUAGACGAGGCCAAGCAGAUGUUUGAGUUUAUGGUUAGCAAGGGCUGUUUCCCAAAUGUAGUGACUUAUAAUACGCUUAUAAAGGGAUUUUGUAAGGCUAAGAGAGUAGAGGAAGGUAUGGAACUCUUCCGCGAGAUGUCACAGAGAGGAUUGGUUGGCGAUACAGUCACUUACACCACUCUUAUCCAGGGGUUAUUUCAAGCUGGAGAUUGUGAUAUGGCUCAAGAACUAUUCAAAGAGAUGGUUUCUGAUGGUGUGCCUCCCAAUCUCAUGACAUACAACUCUCUGUUAGAUGGACUCUGUAAUAAUGGGAAGCUAGAGAAAACAUUGGUGGUAUUCGGGUAUAUGCAAAAGAGUAAAAUGGAACUUGAUAGUUUCACAUAUAAUAUUAUGAUUGAAGGGAUGUGCAAGGCUGGGAAAGUGGAAGAUGGGUGGAAUUUAUUUUGUAGCCUCAGCCUUAAAGGAGUGAAGCCUGAUGUUGUAACCUACACUACAAUGAUCUCAGGAUUCUGUAGGAAAGGCUUAAUGCAGGAAGCAUAUGCCUUGUUCAGAAAAAUGAAAGAAGACGGGAUUCUCCCAAAUGAUUGUACAUAUAAUACGCUGAUCAGGGCUCAACUUAGAGAUGGUGACAAAGCUACAUCAGCGGAACUCAUCAAAGAGAUGAGGAGUUGCAGGUUUGCUGGAGAUGCUUCAACCAUUGGCUUGGUCACUAAUAUGUUGCAUGACGGGAGAUUGGACAAAAGCUUUUUGGAAAUGCUUUCUUAAGACAUCCUUGAGGUCGAUCAGCUUUUCAUGUUGCUUUUCUAUUGGUUUUUUCUAAAUACAGUCAUUAUGUUCUCAUAUUACAUGUGGAUAUAGAUAUGUAUAGCUGUAGCUGUUGUGUCUAAACUUCAUGAACAUGACUGAAGUUCUUUGUCAUUUACCUGCUAGGUUGCAAACAUGAGUUGAUGCAAGUUCAAGGUUGUUUCCCGGGAUUUGUAUGUUUCACUAAUCUCUUCCAUAUGUUUUUGUUUCCUAUGUUCGUUGGAUUCUGAAUUUCUUCGCCCUGAGUUUAUCUCUCUCACCUCUCCUGAUCAUAUUUUUUUCCUUCUUUCUGCCUUGAAUUUGCUGGUAUAGUUUUGCUACUGAGAUUUCCGAAUCUCGUGUAAUCUGUGUAUGAAUUUUCUUUUUAUCUACAAAGCUUUCCACUUGUGUACGAUAUCUUUGUCGCAUUUGGUUACACAACAUUUUCAUGUAGUAUACUGUUGGUGGUCUUGUAGCAUAUUCAAAAGAUGUCUGAGAAAAUACAGUUACAUUAUCAUGGAUCCUGUCUUUUGUUUAGUGAAGUGGAUUAAGGGAAUA